AUGGCAGUUGACGUAUGAGCCCUCGAUAACGACGAUUGCGACGAGACCGUUGAGGUCAUAUUACUUGAUGCGAGAAGACGCGGUACUUCACAACGACAAGGUGCGGAUCUUAGAAAGUGUGGGCGGAGGAGUCGUCAAAGUCCACACUGGGGCACUUGCGUGACAAGACAUCCUAGACACUGUGGACACCACUCGUGUUGGAUCACUUAUGAUCGAAGGUGGGGCUCGGGUAAUCACAGAUGUCCUGCAAGAAAAGGCCGCAGGCACUGUCAUUGUUACUAUCGCACCCGUCUAUGUUGGUAAUGAAGGAGUGGGUGUUGACGUGGAAGCAUUUUGUUGUAGAACAAAGCUAGCUCAAGGAUGCAGUUCGAGAACGAUACUGGUAACUGGCAGGAUGCAGUCUUAGCCGGCCGUCUCUAACAACGUAAUAUUAUCACUACUACGCAUGCCCUGUGGCACCCA